AUGUCUCUAGCCACCCUGGAUUCCGCCCAGUACCCCCAUCUCGCUACUGUCACUGCCACGCUCUUCUCGGCCAAGGCCGCCAAGCAGCUGAGCUUCGAGCAGAUCGCCCACCACAUCGGGCGCAAUGAAGUAGCUACCGCCGCCAUCUUCUACGGCCAGGCCAAGGCCUCGCCCGAAGAUAUCCAGAAACUCGCGUCGCUUCUGCAGAUCCCCGCGGGCCCGCUGGAGGAGCAGCUGAGUGGGUUCCCGGACCGGGGCCGUUCAGUGGAGAUGCCGCCCCGGGAGCCUCUGAUCUAUCGGCUGUAUGAGAUUGUGCAGAACUAUGGCUAUGCGUAUAAGGCGGUGCUGAAUGAGAAGUUUGGAGAUGGGAUCAUGAGUGCCAUUGCCUUCUCAACCCGGGUGGAGAAGGAGACAGAUCCAGAGGGGAAUAAUUGGGCAGUGAUUACGCUGCGUGGGAAAUGGUGA